AUGGCCUCCAGAUUGAUCUCCUCGUCUCCGCGAGCUGCGCAAGCGUGCCUCCGUCGCUCGCAGAACUUUGCGCCAGCCGUGUUGCGACCCGCACAGCGCCGCUACAUCUCUGCAUAUGGCUACGAACAAGCAAAAGCCCUUACGUUUGCCGAAUAUGGAGAUCCCCCAGCCGUACUCUCCCUGCAUAGUCACUCUAUAUCACCGCCUCACAGCAACCUUAUGACCCUACGAUUCCUCGCGUCUCCCAUCAACCCCGCCGACAUCAACCAGAUCCAAGGCGUUUACCCUUCAAAGCCUAGAUUCACCACCGACCUGAGUACUCCGAACCCAAUUGCCGUAGCGGGAAACGAGGGCGUCGCAGAAAUCAUUGCGUUAGGUGAGGGGGUGAAAAAGGAGGGUUUCAAAAAGGGCGACUGGGUGUUCAUGAAAGGACCUGGCUUUGGAACAUGGCGUACCCACGCAAGCGCCACAACCAACGACGUAGUGAAGCUCGACGACCAGAUGCGCGAAGGUAUCACCGCGAUCCAGGCUGGCACUGUCUCCAUUAACCCGUGCACCGCAUACCGCAUGCUCCGCGACUUCACCACCCUCUCCGAAGGCGACUGGUUCAUACAAAACGGCGCAAACUCUGGUGUUGGCCGCGCAGCUAUCCAGCUAGGCCGGAAGUGGGGCUACAAGAGCAUCAACGUGAUUCGAAGCCGUGACGACAAGAGCAAAGAAGAGGCUAUGAAGAAGGAACUGCAAAAUCUCGGCGCAGAUGUUGUCAUUACGGAUGAAGAGCUGCAAUCGCAAGGCAUCAAAGAUCAGGUCAAAGAAUGGACGAAUGGUGGCCGUUCACCUAUUCGCCUAGCACUCAACUGCGUAAACGGAAAGGCAGCAAUCGCAAUGGCCAAACUGCUCUCUUCAUCCGCGCAUUACGUUACCUAUGGCGCCAUGUCCAAGCAGCCCUUGACCAUUCCUGCAUCCAUGCUCAUCUUCAAGGACAUUCACUUCCAUGGAUUCUGGGUAAGCAGAUGGGCCGAAAAGCAUCCAGAAGAGAAGCAGAAGACUGUUGCCGAUGUCCUGGAUAUGACGAGAAAGGGCGAGUUUAGAGAUAUGCCUGUGGACGAGAUCAAGUGGGAGUGGGAAACAAAGGGCGAGGAAUUGAUUGCCAAGGUCAAGGACACGUUGGAGGGAUACAGAGACGGCAAGGGCAUUUUUGUAUUUGGCAAGACAUGAAUGUGUAGUUGAUAUUGAAUGAUACUACAGCGAUAUCCGG